UGAUUAGGUGACGUCAUCGAGUAACAUGGCCGUCAAAAUGGCUCCUUCGGUCGUAGUUCGGAGGAAUUUACCUUAUUUUCGUCAACAGUUUUCUGCAGCGUUGAAAAACAGUAGCGUAGUCGUUAAAUUUAUAUGCGUAACAGUAUUUCUUUGUUAUUUUCUCUCUUACAGUAAUUCUAUAACACGUUGUAUAGUCGUAACUCCUGGCUUUAUCAUUCCUCCUAAUUUCUGGGUGUGGACUGCUUUCACUCAUUGCUUCUUAGAGAAGAGAAUAUGGUUAGUUCUCACCGAUAUAAUAACAGUUGGCUUAUGUGGAAAACUGAUAGAACCUCUUUGGGGAGCAUUGGAGAUGCUCACAUUCUUCGCUAUAGUAAACAGCAGUGUUGCAUUCCUCUCAGUCAUGUUCUAUAUAAUUGUAUACACCACAACUUCGGACCAUCAAUAUUUAUUCGAUGUCCACGUCAAUGGCUUAGCUGGGUAUUGUGCGGGGGUGGCCGUGGCCGUCAAACAAAUCAUGCCCGAUCACGUAUUGCUAUCCAUGCCUCUCGGUAAACUUCGGAACAGAAACGUGCCCCUGUGCGUGUUACUGCUUAGCCUAAUCCUCUGCCUGUUAGGAUUGGUACAAAGCACUUAUCCGGUCAUGUUUACUGCUGGUUUACUCACCUCUUGGGUGUAUCUGAGGUUUUAUCAACAUCAUACCAAUGGUACAAGAGGUGAUAUGGCUGAUCAUUUUGCAUUUGCAAGUUUUUUUCCAAAUGUUCUACAGCCUCCAUUGGCUAUGAUAGGAAAUACCAUUUUUGAAUUCUUGGUACGCAUCAAAAUAUGCAGGAAACCAGUUCGAAAAUAUAACAUUGCAUCCAGUUCAUCUAUUACCGUUAGUCUUCCUGGCACAGACCCUCAAGAUGCAGAAAGAAGAAGGUAUUAAAUCAUUUUAAUAUAAUUAUAUUUUAAUAAAUUAUUUAUUUUUUACUUUUAUGAUAAAAAUGAAAAAUAAUACAAUAUUGUGGUUAUAUGUGAUUUUAUUAAUUAUUCUAAUAAACUGCUAUAUUAGCUUGCCAUAAAACAAAGGACAAAUGACAUGGAAUUUUAGAUCACACUAUCUAUUGAUGUUAAGUAAUGUAAAAAUAACAAAUAUUGCUUUUAAAAUCAGAGAUUAUUUAUUGUAUGAAUGCUUUCAGUUAAUUUAAAUCUUCAGAACCAGAUUGAAAAGAAUGUAAUUUUAAAUUUGAAUUACAAUCUUUACAAAUUUCAGCUAUAAUCUUUCAGAUCUGGACUUGAAGAAGGCUUAAAUAAGCUAAAAGCAUUUGUAUAAUAAAUAAAAAAAUACUGUUUUAUAAAGCCAGAUAUUAUUUUUAAUAACUUUAAAUUAAUUUUAAAAAAGAUAGAUAUAUUACU